AUGGAUCCCACGAAUCAGCCAGGAGAUUCUCUGGAGCUGCCACAGUUCCCCCCUAUUCAAGUCAUUGAGAAUACUCAGAAGAUAGCAGACUUGUAUCAUUCUGGCAAAAAAAUCUGGAUAAGGAGUGAUUUUGAACGGAUUGAGCACGAGCUUAUGCACUGGCGAACUCAGCCAUCGUUUAAUAUUCGUCGUAUUGACGGCUCGGUGGUUUCUAUUAGAAAUCCGAUGCUUGGCGUAUCGGAUCCUAUAUGGAAACCGUUUGUCGAAUUCCAAAACUACUGGUACAUGGUCACGAUGCAGUCCUCAGACGUCUUCUUCCGACGCAUUCUUCCGUACUCCUUUCCUUGUUAUUCAUAUAUGAUUGCAUGGAAGAACCAGGCAUUUAACAACUUCACUGCCAACGAACAACCCCCUUUAGACGCUCAGUUUAAAGAGAUACAACAAGUGUGGGAACGGUCUUCGACGUGCACCUGGCUUAAACACAAGCUUGCUUUCCAGAAAGGCUUUAGGAAGAUUAACAAAGUUGUGUGCUUUGCCUUAGGAGAUAUGGCACCUAUGUCCUGCUAUGACAGCCGUUAUACAGCUCAUGGUUCCGAAACGGCUAAUAAGAAAUUUAGCAUGAACCAGCAUGCGGUUGCUUUGACGAUGGGGGCCGCAUUCCGUUCGACGACAGCCGCUAACGUAGAGAUUUUGGCCCAGGAUCCGGAUUAUAGCCCGACAAGUAAGGCUCUAUUGAAAAACUUGGGGAUAUCUGUCGUCGGUGAGCACGGUGCCGGGGGCUUUAGUGAGAUUGUCGACGAUUCGGUCGUGUUCUUCUGCUACCCGACCUUCCCCAUGAGCGAAAUCAUUGCCGACAUUGCGAGACCAGCUAUGAUCAUUGGAAAUGGCCGCACUCAUGUCCUGAACAACACUACUUACGGUGCUCGAACACAUGCCGACACGGCUGCUUUUGAAGUCUUUCAACGUAGACAACCGUACCCUUCUAACGCGGAGACCCCGCGCACCAGAGAAAUGUGGAAGGAUUACACGGAACACGACUUCAAAAUCAUGGACCCUGAUAGACUUACAUUGAUGGGCCUAGAGUCGUUGAAGAUAUACAUUCGAAACGAUGUAACAGGGGACGCGGAUAAAGGAGAAGGAGAAGGGAAGAAUUAG